AAGCACUUGAAAGCAGCUCAACAAUAUGGCGGAUGCAGCGGCAAGACAGCUGCAGUACGAGUACAAAGCGAACUCGAAUCUCGUACUGCAAGCGGACAUCCGGCUCAUCGAGCGCCCGCGCCGUGAUGAAGCGACCGGUGAGGUUAUUUCGUUGGUCGGUAAGCUCGACGGCACGCGGAUGGGGGACCGGGCGCAGCGCAGCAAACCGGAAAAGACGGAGGAACGCAAGGCGAAGCGACAAAAGCGUGACGAGGCGCAGUACGAUUUCAACAGCAUGAAAGGCGCCACACUGCUUUCGGAAGGGAUCGACGAAAUGGUCGGCAUCGUGUACCGUCCGAAGACGCAGGAAACGCGCCAAACGUACGAGGUGCUCCUGAGCUUUAUCCAGGAAGCGAUCGGUGAUCAGCCGCGGGACAUUCUGCGUGGUGCAGCCGAUGAAAUUCUGGCCGUGCUGAAAAACGAUCGCAUGAAGGAGCGCGAAAAGAAGCGUGAAAUCGAUGGGUUGCUGGGUAGCGUGGCGGAUGAACGGUUCGCGUUGCUAGUAAACCUCGGGAAAAAGAUUACCGACUUUGGAUCGGACGCAGCCAGUGCGAUCGGAACUGUGGGACAGGCUGGGCCCGGCGGCGACGAACCGAUCGAUGAACAGUACGGCAUAAAUGUGCGGUUCGAGGAGUCGGAGGAGGAGUCGGAUGAAGACAAGUACGGUGAGGUGCGUGAGGACGACGGACAGGACGAAGGUGAGGAGGCUCGGGACGAUGGUAUUCUGCACGCCGAAAAUCUCGGUGGUGGAGAGGACAUGAACAAGAAGGAAAAAGCACUCGAUCCGCGUGAUAUCGAUGCGCACUGGUUGCAGCGUUGUCUGCGCAAGUAUUACAACGAUUCGAUGAUGUCACAGGCGAAAGCCCUCGAGGUGCUGAGCGUGCUGAAGGAAUCGGGAGACGAUCGUGAGUGCGAGAAUCAGCUAGUGUUACUGCUUGGCUACGAUUGUUUUGAUUUCAUCAAGCAGUUGAAGAAGAACCGUCAAAUGAUUCUCUACUGCACGAUGCUGGCUCAGUCGCAGAGUGAAAGCGAUCGUAUCAAGUUGCGCGAAAAGAUGAAAUCGGACGCAGCGCUGGCCAAAAUCUUGCGUCAACUGGAUACAGGGAAGCAGGAGGCACAUGAAGGCCGUGACUACGUAAACGAGUCAGAAAUGGAUGGCUCGGACACGAAAUCAUCCUCCCUUCGGGCACGACGGGAACGUCUAGAGGACGCUUUCAUGGACGAUUCGGAGGGACCACGCGGAGGCGCCGGAGGUGGGGAAAGUGUUGGCGCCGGUGGUCAGAUCAUUGGCAAUCGUACGGUGUUGGAGCUGGACGAGCUAGCCUUCACCCAAGGUUCCCAUCUGAUGGCGAACAAACGCUGUCAGCUUCCGGACGGUUCUUUCCGCAAGCAGCGCAAAGGCUAUGAGGAAGUGCACGUACCGGCCCUUAAACCGCGUCCAUUUGACGACGACGAGGAGUUGAUUGCAAUCGAGAAGCUACCGAAGUACGUGCAGCCCGUCUUCAGCGGCUUCAAGACUCUGAAUCGCAUUCAGAGCCGGCUAUACAAGAGCGCCCUAGACAGCGACGAGAAUCUACUGCUCUGUGCCCCCACCGGUGCCGGUAAGACGAACGUGGCGCUGCUCACGAUGAUGCGCGAGAUCGGUAAACACAUCAACGAUGACGGUACGAUCAACGUGGACGAAUUUAAGAUCAUCUACAUCGCUCCAAUGCGUUCGCUGGUACAGGAGAUGGUGGGUAACUUUGGGCGUCGCUUGGCCACCUACAAUCUGACCGUGGCCGAAUUGACGGGUGAUCAUCAACUGAGCCGAGAGCAGAUCGCAGCCACGCAGGUGAUCGUUUGUACGCCUGAAAAGUGGGACAUUAUAACGCGAAAGGGUGGAGAAAAAACGUACACCCAGUUCGUGCGAUUGGUGAUCAUCGACGAAAUUCAUUUGCUACACGACGAACGUGGCCCGGUGCUGGAGGCACUGGUUGCUCGAACGAUCCGCAACAUCGAAACGACUCAGGAGGAUGUUCGGCUGGUGGGCCUUUCGGCCACCUUGCCCAACUACCAGGACGUAGCAACGUUCCUGCGGGUGCGGCCUGAGACGGGUCUGUUCUACUUCGACAACAGCUACCGUCCGGUAGCCCUGGAGCAGCAGUACAUCGGUGUGACGGAGAAGAAAGCGCUCAAGCGUUUCCAGGUGAUGAACGACAUCGUGUACGAGAAGGUGAUGGAACACGCCGGUCGCAACCAGGUGCUGGUGUUUGUGCACUCGCGCAAGGAGACGGGCAAAACGGCUCGCGCUGUACGCGAUAUGUGUCUGGAGAAGGACACGCUCGGUUCGUUCCUGCGCGAAGGUUCCGCCAGCAUGGAGGUGCUCCGAUCGGAAGCGGAUCAGGUGAAGAAUCAAGAGCUAAAGGAUCUGCUUCCGUACGGCUUCGCCAUCCAUCACGCUGGUAUGACACGCGUCGACCGUACGCUGGUGGAGGAUCUGUUCGCCGAUCGGCACAUACAGGUGCUCGUGUCUACGGCCACCCUAGCGUGGGGUGUAAAUUUGCCGGCGCACACCGUCAUCAUCAAGGGCACACAGGUGUACAAUCCGGAGAAAGGACGCUGGGUGGAGCUGGGGGCGCUGGACGUGCUGCAGAUGUUGGGUCGUGCCGGUCGACCGCAGUACGACACGAAGGGUGAAGGUAUCCUCAUCACGAACCAUAGCGAAUUGCAGUACUACCUGUCGCUGCUCAACCAGCAGCUUCCGAUCGAGUCGCAGCUCAUCUCGAAGCUGCCGGAUAUGCUGAACGCCGAGAUUGUGCUCGGUACGGUGCAGAACGUAAAGGACGCCGUCACCUGGCUCGGUUACACGUACCUUUACAUCCGUAUGCUACGCCAACCGACCCUGUACGGCGUAUCGAUCGAUGCGGUGCAGGACGAUCCACUGCUCGAGCAGUUCCGGGCAGAUCUGAUCCACACGGCGGCGCUGCACCUCGAGCGGAGCGGGCUGCUGAAGUACGAUCGCAAAAGUGGCCACUUCCAGGUGACGGAGGUGGGUCGCAUCGCGUCGCACUAUUACUGCACGCACGAGACCAUGCUGACCUACCAUCAGCUGCUGAAACCGACAUUGAGCGAGAUCGAACUGUUCCGGGUGUUUUCGCUAUCCGGCGAGUUCCGCAACAUUACCGUGCGCGAGGAGGAGAAGCUUGAACUGCAGAAGCUGAUGGAGCGCGUACCGAUCCCCAUCAAGGAGAGCAUCGAGGAACCGAGCGCCAAGGUGAACGUGCUGCUUCAGGCGUACAUUUCGCAACUGAAGCUGGAAGGUUUCGCAUUGAUGGCGGACAUGGUGUACGUGACCCAGUCCGCCGCGCGACUUCUGCGUGCCAUCUUCGAGAUCGUGCUGCACCGUGGUUGGGCGCAGCUGGCCGACAAGUGUCUCACGCUGUGCAAAAUGAUCGAUCGACGCAUGUGGCAGAGCAUGUCGCCGCUUCGUCAGUUCCGCAAGAUGCCCGAAGAGAUCGUGAAAAAGAUCGAGAAGAAAAACUUCCCCUGGGAGCGGCUGUACGAUCUGGAGGCGAACGAAAUCGGUGAGCUGAUUCGCGUACCGAAGCUCGGCAAAACCAUUUACCGCUACAUUCACCAGUUCCCGAAGCUGGAACUGUCGACGCACAUUCAGCCGAUCACACGUUCGACCCUGCGCGUCGAGCUGACGAUCACACCGGACUUCCAGUGGGACGAGAAGGUUCACGGUCAGUCUGAAGCGUUCUGGAUACUGGUCGAGGACGUCGAUUCUGAGGUGAUCCUUCACCAUGAGUACUUCCUGCUGAAGGCGAAGUACUGCACCGACGAUCAUCUGGUAAAGUUCUUCGUCCCCGUAUUUGAACCACUUCCACCGCAGUACUUCCUGCGCAUCGUGUCCGACCGGUGGAUCGGGGCGGAAACGCAGCUCCCAGUGUCCUUCCGGCAUCUGAUUCUGCCGGAGAAGAACCUCCCUCCGACGGAGCUGCUUGAUUUGCAACCACUUCCCAUUAGCGCGCUACGCGAGGCUACCUUCGAGGCACUCUACUCCGAUCGGUUCCCACAGUUUAAUCCCAUCCAGACACAAGUCUUCAACGCGGUCUACAAUAGCGAGGACAACGUGUUUGUUGGCGCACCGACCGGCUCCGGAAAGACCACCGUCGCCGAGUUUGCCGUACUACGACUGCUGUCACAGAAUCCGGCAGGUCGCGUGGUGUACUUGGUCGCUCGGGACCCGCUAGCGGAACUGGUGUUUCACGAGUGGCACCAGCGUUUCGGGCAAUCCGCGCUGGGCUGCAAGGUGGUAAAGCUGACCGGUGAAACUGGCACCGAUCUGAAGCUGAUCGCCAAGGGUCAGAUCAUUGUGACGACGGCCGACAAGUGGGAUGUACUUUCGCGCCGCUGGAAGCAACGCAAGAACGUACAAAACGUCCAGCUGUUCAUCGUGGACGAACUGCAGCUAAUCGGGGGCGAAGAUGGCCCCGUGCUGGAGGUGGUCUGCUCUCGUAUGCGUUAUAUUUCGUCGCAGAUCGAACAACCGAUCCGCAUCGUGGCCCUUUCGGCGUCGCUUGCUGAUGCGCGCGACAUCGCCCAGUGGCUCGGGUGCAGCACGAAUGCCACGUUCAACUUCCACCCUUCGGUGCGCCCGAUUCCACUCGAGCUGCACGUGCAAGGACUCAAUAUAACGCACAACGCAUCCCGCAUAGCGGCCAUGUCGAAGCCGGUGUACAAUGCGAUCACUAAAUUUAGCCCGCACAAGCCGGUCAUCGUGUUCGUAACAUCGCGCAAGCUCGCCCGGCUCACGGCGAUCGACGUGCUGACGUACUGUGCGGCUGAGCUGCAGCCAAACCGGUUCUUCCACGCCGAGGAGGACGACAUCAAGCCAUUCCUAGACCGAAUGACGGACAAGACGCUGAAGGAAACACUGUCACAAGGAGUCGCUUACAUGCACGAAGGUCUCACCGCGUCCGAUCAGCGCAUGGUGGAACAACUGUUCGAUUCCGGUGCGGUACAGAUCGCCAUCUGCACGCGUGAACUUUGCUGGGCACUCAACAUCAGCGCCCAUCUCGUGAUCAUCAUGGACACGCAGUUCUACAACGGGAGGACACACUCGUACGAAGACUACCCAAUCACCGACGUGCUGCAGAUGGUGGGACGCGCGAACCGCCCGCUCGAGGACGACGACGCGAAGGCGGUCCUGAUGUGCCAGAGCUCCAAGAAGGAUUUCUACAAGAAGUUCCUUAACGAGCCACUGCCCGUCGAAAGCCAUCUCGACCACCGACUGCACGAUCACUUCAAUGCUGAGAUUGUGACUAAGACGAUCGAAAACAAGCAGGACGCAGUGGACUAUCUCACCUGGACGUUCCUCUACCGAAGGUUAACUCAGAACCCGAACUACUACAACCUGCAGGGGGUUACCCAUCGGCACUUGUCGGAUCACCUGUCGGAGCUGGUGGAAUCGACCCUGUCCGAUCUCGAGCAGUCCAAGUGCAUCGGCGUAGAGGACGAGAUGGACACACUACCAUUGAACCUGGGUAUGAUUGCAGCAUAUUAUUACAUCAACUACACCACGAUCGAACUGUUCAGUCUGUCGCUGAACAGCAAGACAAAGAUCCGCGGUCUGCUGGAAAUCAUUUCGUCCGCCGCCGAGUACGAGGAUCUGAUCGUGCGCCACCACGAGGAUAAUCUUUUGCGCAGCCUGGCCAACCGGCUACCGAACAAGCUGACCGGUCCGAACGGAACCGCACCAAAGUACAACGAUCCGCACAUCAAGACGAACCUGCUGCUGCAAGCCCAUCUCUCCCGGUUGCAGCUUGGUGCCGAACUGCAGGGUGACACCGAGCAAAUUCUCGGUAAAGCGAUCCGACUGGUGCAGGCCUGCGUCGAUGUGCUCUCCUCGAACGGAUGGCUUUCGCCGGCCGUCGCUGCCAUGGAGCUGGCGCAAAUGGUCACGCAAGCGAUGUGGAGCAAGGAUUCGUACCUGAAGCAGCUACCGCACUUCGGUGCGGACAUCAUCAAGCGCUGCCAGGAGAAGAAGAUCGAGACCGUGUUCGACAUCAUGGAGCUGGACGAUGACGAUCGGACGCGGCUGCUGCAGCUCACCGACCAGCAGAUGUCCGAUGUGGCCCGGUUCUGCAAUCGGUAUCCGAACAUUGAGCUCACGUUCGAGGUUCUCGACAAGGAUCGCAUACACUCCGGCUCGUCGGUAAACGUGGGGGUCAACCUGGAACGAGAGGACGAUGUCACCGGUCCCGUCAUUGCACCCUUCUUCCCGCAGAAACGUGAAGAAGGCUGGUGGGUGGUAAUUGGCGACCCGAAGACUAACUCGCUCCUGUCGAUCAAGCGCCUCACGCUGCAGCAGAAGGCGAAGGUGAAACUGAACUUUGUCGCUCCGAGCCCGGGUCACCACGAGUACACACUGUACUACAUGAGCGAUUCGUACCUCGGCUGCGAUCAGGAGUACAAAUUUUCCAUCAACGUCGGUGACUUCCAGUCGGAGAGUGAAAGUGAGUCGGAUUAGACACCGUAAUACCGUUAAGGUGUAUGAAAAGCUACCACCGGCAGGUUUGCAUAAGAUUUUGAUUGCAGUAAUAUCCCUUAAGCCCCUAGAAAGGGUGUGUGUUUACAUGAAAAAACGGUGGGUUGGCGAAUAUGUUCGCCCACGUACUAUAAAUAUAAUAAAUUCUUUUAAAUGUCUUA